AAAAUAAAAAAACACGUAAAAAUAUUGGUGAAAAUAUCGUUUUUACCUCUUCCAGGCUACGAAGCAGCGCCAUCUAGUUUUAAUACCGAAUUUUUAGUUUUUUCGGAGUUACGUUUUUUUGUAUGAGAUUGUCAGUCCUCUUUAUAUAUCGUCCUUAAUAGACUAUCGUAUAAAGACUAAUAAAUAAUUUGAAAAAUUUUAUACACACUUUUAAUCAUAAAAAUGUACUUGCUAUUGAGUGGUACAUCUACCUGUUUUUUUAUUUUAAAACCACCCAUUUCUACCUAAUUUUGCAUCCUGUUCUACCACUUCGGCAAAAUUGGAUGUGACAACACUGUCUUCAUCUUUCAUUUGAUUUUAAUACAAAUACAUCGUUCUAUUCUAUCUAUCUUAAUAGUGGCGUUGAAAAUCAAGCAUUGCUUGAAAAACUGCGUUUGUUUUGUGUAUUAAAGUUUAAAUUACACAAUCUGUAAUGUCAUAUCAACUGUACAGAAAUACUACGAUCGGAAACACAUUACAAGAAAGCCUCGACGAACUGAUCCAGUAUGGGCAGAUAACACCGGCUUUAGCAGUGAAAGUGCUAUUACAAUUUGACAAAUCUAUAAAUCAAGCUUUAUCCAACAAGGUGAAAUCUAGAUUAACCUUCAAAGCCGGAAAAUUAAAUACUUACAGGUUUUGUGACAAUGUGUGGACCUUUAUGUUAAAUGAUGUGGAGUUCCGAGAAGUGCAAGAAGUUGCUAAAGUAGACAAAGUCAAAAUUGUAGCUUGUGAUGGUAAAAAUGUUGAAGACAGGAGAUAAUAUUAGUGGUGUUGUUAUAGUGUCUAAUUCCAAUAAUUAUCUGUAAAUAUUUUUGUAAGGUUCUAGGUUUGAAAAUGAAUUAAAGUAUGCAUCAGUAUAAAUAAUUAUGGCCUAAUUGGAUUGAGAGCCUUUUCUCAAUAUUUCUGUUUGGUUUGUUGUGAUCUGAAUGUGGGGUUAGGUCUCUGGACACUGGUGUUGAGUUCUGUGGGCCUACCACGAAAACCGAAUUUCGCAAAUUGCGGGAUCUGUCUCUUUUACUCUCACUAAGACGUAAUUAAUUAGAGUGACAGAGAAAAAUGCCCGCAAUUGACGAACUUCGAUUUUCGCAGUUGUAGCCCUGUAGUGUCAAAGCAAGGGACAUCAAUUUCCACUGCUUAAUAUUUCAAUUCAAACCUUAUUAGGUUUUUUGGUACUUAAAAACAAAUACUUUUUUAGGUUUUUUGGUACUCAAGAAUAUUAUAUUCUUAAUUUUUUUAGAUCCAAUAAUUUCAUUUUGUGAUUGUAUGGUAUACCUUGAAAUGUUUCAUUUGAAAUUCUGAUUGUAUUUAAUUCAUAUCAAUUAUACUUAAAUUAUCUUUAAAUUAAAUAAAUUAUUUGUACAUA